CACUUUGGUUAGAGUAAACCGAAGUUCAUAUCACGAUUCACGACUCACAAGAUUGUCAAAUGGCCGGAAACUGCCUGCAAGCGGUGGAGCUUACUACGAGCGGCCGCCCAGUCCUCCUCCCAACUGAGAUCGAAUGUUCCCUCCUCUCCGCCGUAGACCUCGAAUGCGAAGACCUCCCCAACUUCCCUCACCUCAAAUCGGGUCUCCUCAUUCUCACCACCCACCGCCUGUUAUGGCUUCCCGACUCCACCACCACAAUACCCACCGCUUCUUCUUCAGCCUCCGCCAUCCCUCUCGCCGCCAUCACCCACAUCUUUGCCGCCAAAAAGUCAAUCAAGUCCAUGUUCCACUCGCCCCGACUCAGAUUCCAGCUCUCGGUUUCGCCCGAAGGCCGGGUUCCGGAUUCCGGUUCGGGUUCGAGGUCGGUGGUUGUGACGGUGGUGGUGAGGGGGAAGAGCGAUUUGGACGCGUUUUUGAGCAAAUUUUGGGAGAGCUGGCGGGGUAGAGCCUGGGAGAUUGGGGAUGAGCAGGGCAGCUCCGAUGCGGUUUCGGGUUCGGCGUCCAGUUCCGGGUUGUAUACGAGGGAAGGGACGGUGAGGAUGGUUGGAGUUUCGGGGAUAUUGAGGAAAGAACAGGAGAUGUGGGAGAGUACUGAUAAGAGCUUGCAGGACGCUUUCCAGGACUUGAAUGCUCUCAUGAGUAAGGCUAAAGAGAUGGUGAUGCUAGCAGAAAAAAUGAGGCAGAAGCUUUUAUCCGGCUCGCAGCCAAAUGAUGAGGAAUUGGGUUCCAAACAAGAGAUGCAAGAUUGGAUGCUCAGUGUUGGUAUUAUAUCGCCCGUUACUAAGGAGUCUGCGGGUGCUCAGUAUCACCAACAAUUGUCCCGUCAGUUAGCAGAUUUUGUCAGACUUCCACUUGAGAGGGCUGGAGGAAUGAUGAAUCUUAUAGACAUCUACUGUCUCUUCAAUCGUGCUCGAGGCACAGAACUGAUCUCGCCUGAGGAUUUGUUGCAAGCGUGUUCUCUCUGGGAGAUUUUUGACGUCCCAGUAAUGCUUCGAAAGUUUGAUAGUGGAGUCAUGGUCAUCCAGAAUAAGUCCCACAGUGACGAAGAGGUUUUUGCUAGAAUCAAGACCCUUGUAAUGAAGCCUAAUGCUCUUCGAACUGGGAUAAGUGCUAGUGAUGCUGCAAUUACAUUAGGUAUUGCACCAGGCAUGGCCAAGGAGCAUCUUCUUACUGCUGAAAGCAAAGGUUUGCUGUGCAGAGAUAUAAGCCCUGAUGGGUUUCGCUUUUAUAUCAACCUGUUUCCUGAAAUCGAUCCAAAUGACUUGUACCUAGUGAAAGACUAUGGAAUCUAUCACACAUGGUUGAGGGCGGUAUCUGCUUCUGGAUGAGAGGUGAUUUGUGCGGUUAUCCCUUCUCCAUUUUCAUUCGGCUGAAAUCUGAAGCAAAUAAGACUGACAUAAAUGGAUGAAUGCUGUCGAAAUCAGGAGUUAAGACGUACACAAAUUGAUGAAUGCCGAAUGUUUUCAGGUGAGUUUAUUCCUAAUUAUCACUUAAUUACCUGGAAAUCUUCAAACUUUCAAUUUUGGGGCGAUGAACAGACUUAAAGUUCAGCGACCAUGCAUCAAGAACAUACUUGACUCCAAUAUGACAGAAUUAUAGGUACCUAUGUGCUUCUUGAGAGUUGGGUGUCUCUGGUCCUUACCUUUAACAAAUACGUCGACUUUGUAAUUUAACAGAAGAGGGGGCAAGAUUCUGUGGGGAGGGAAGCGUUUUUUACUAAUUUAUUUUCUGAAAUUUUCUUUAUCUCCCCCACCUUCCCCCGUUCCCAAUUGCUUAUUGGAACAUGGAUAAUUAUUGAGCCAUUUUUGUAAAUGUGUUUUUACAGUUGUUUUCUCUUAUCUUCA